AUGCUCGAGCUAGCCGAUGCUAUUCCGCUUCAGACCCAACCGGUUCCUGCUCCUCCCGAAGUCCAGGUGCAGCCCCCUCCUAUCGUGGAGACCACCCAUUUCAACCCAUCAUGGGGAUAUGAUUUGAACCUUCUAUCUCAUGCUGCGAGUCACGUCGCUCUCGAGGGACAACAGGAAAGUCUAGAGAAUUUUCGGAAGCCUUCGCAACCAAUUGCGCCGCCCCCUCCACCGCCGCUCUCCCAUGUACCAGAACGAGGAAUUACUGAUAAUUAUGGCGUUGAGCCUUCUAUCCUGGAUCUUACAGAUCUAGGAGAUCCGGUUCAGGACUUUACAGUGUUCUUGGAGAGCGUCGGUCUUUCUUCGGAUUGGGACUCCGGUAUCUUCUCUAGCGUAGAAGAGCCCUUGUUACCGACUAGCCUCCCAAUGGAUUCGAAGCCCGCAGUGCGUGAGAGCUCCAGGCUAGGGACGGACUUGAUGAGUGACCCCAGGACUGCUGCGGAUGAAGCCCCGUCGUUCUCUAAUUUUGGAUCUCGGCUGCCAUCCCUGCAGCCGGAAGCCCACGAUGUGGAUGAUCGUCUGGGUUUUGGCGAUGAAGGUCCGCGGCCAGCUUGGGAUAUAUCUAAUGCGGAUCGUCAGGUAUUCGUCUCCAAAUUGGAGGAGUUCGCCUACGUCCUCCCAAAGGGAUUCGUGCCGCCGUCAAGACAUGCUCUGUCCCGCUUCUUCGCUGGCUAUAUAAAUGGGUUGAAUGAGCACCUCCCUUUCAUUCAUGUUCCGACACUAUCAAUUGCGAAGUGUUCGCCGGAGCUUACUCUCGCAUUGGCGGCCGCCGGCUCCCACUAUCGUUUUGAGAAUAAUAGAGGGUUUGACCUCUUCCACGCUGCUAAAGCGAUUCUUCUAGAGCGCUUGCAGAGGAGAGACAGUAAGCAGGUGCAGUUUCCUACUUGGAACUUCUUAUCCCCUUCCUCUGGCUUUCACAACUCGCGUGGAUCGUCCGCCACCUCAAACAGCCCAUAUCAAUCCCACCAACAUCAGCCAUACGUCCUAUAUCCGGUUGAUACUGCAAGUUUACCUCCUGAAGAUUCAUAUGCACACAUGGAGGUAAUCAAGACUUUCUUGCUGCUUACAGUAUUUGCUUCAUGGGAGCGGCAUCCUGAGCUGUUACGAGAGAUUCUGUCUCUUCAAAGCACCUUGGCCAGACUUGUUCGGGAACAUGGUCUCACCGAGUCAAGCAUUGGCGUGGACCCAAACAACUGGGAAGAAUGGGUUCGGCGAGAAUGCAACAGGCGCACGAAGCUUAUCGUUUACUGCUUCUUCAAUCUCCACUCUAUAAUGUACAACAUACCCCCCUUGAUAUUGAACGCCGAGCUCAAAUUAAACAUGCCCUGCUCGCACGAUAUCUGGAAAGCAAGCAACGCUGCUCAGUGGCGUCGUCUCCUUCGCACCCGGCAUGGCUCGGAGGUUUCCUUCCAAGACGCUUUUACAAAAUUGUUCUUCAAGUCGAACAUCACAAACACCGCCCCUAUCUCGCCUCUCGGGAAUUAUAUUCUGAUACAUGCGCUCAUCCAACAAAUCUUCUUUGCUCGUCAACUUUGCCUCUCUGCUCCAAGUCUUCAUGGUACGAGUCUUAGGCCAGACGAUCUGAAUGUCCUAGAUAGUUCACUGGGCUCUUGGAAAGCGCUGUGGAAACGCACCCCUGAGUCGAGUAUUGAUCCGCAAAACCCGGCUGGUCCGAUCGCGUUUACGUCCACCGCUCUUUUGGGACUUGCAUACAUUAGAUUGCAUGUCGACCUCGGCCCGUGCCGUCGCCUCGUGACUCAAGAUCCGGUCCAGAUUGCAAGGGCACUCAAUGAAUCACCACCUAUCGCGCGAAGUCCGCGUCUUAUCAUGGCCCUUCUGCAUUCUGCACAUGCCCUUUCGAUCCCUGUGCGCCUUGGCAUCGAUUUUGUUGCAAGGACUCACUCGUUCUUCUGGAGCAUCCAGCACUCUCUAUGCAGCCUGGAAUGUGCCUUCCUUCUAAGUCGAUGGCUGCUGUCUAUACCAGCAACCCAAGCUGAGCAAAGGCUCUCGGAGCAUGAGAGAAAACUGCUCUUAUGGAUCAAGAGUAUGAUGGACGAGACAGACAUGGCUGUCGAUCCGGCGGGAGCGCCUGAAUAUGAUUUCAUUGCCAACCCUUACAAAGCCAAGCAACUGAGUGUCGCCAUUGUCCGGGUAUGGGCGAGGACAUUUAAGGGAAAUACAAGCUGGGCCAUAGUGGACCUGGUUGGGCAAAGCCUGGAUGCCUAUGCUGAUCUAUUGGAUUCGCAGAUCUAG